UCCAAUCAGAGCCCGUGUAGUGAGUCACGUGAGCAGACUGAGGUGGGGGGGGCAGCAACACCAACAUGGCGGCGUCUCCUUUCAGUUUCUCCGCGGACAGAUUCUGGACUGAAGAGAAGGAGAAGACUCUGAUCUGCUUCUUCUCCAAGCACAGCUGCCUGUGGAACCACCGGUCCGAGAGCUACAAGAGCCGGAAGCUGCGCUGGAGAACCCUGGAGCAGCUGCGGGUCAUCCUGUCCACGCUGCCUCCACCCAACCCCUUCACAGUGGAAGACAUUAAGAACAAGUUCAAGAACCUCCGCACCACCUUUCGGCGCCAGUACAAACUGGUGCGGGCGAGCAAGGUGUGCAGGCUGGACCACGUGUUCGAGCCGCAGUGGAAGCACUACCAGCAGCUGAUGUUCCUGCAGGGCUGCUGGGAGCAGGACGCCCGCGGGGACGAGCAGCCGCAGCUGACUCUCCCCCAGGAGGAGGCCCAGUCCGUCGCUUCAUCCCAGGGACUGAUCAUCUCCUCCCUCCCCAACCCGCCCACCUCCUUCCCCUCCACCUCCUCCUCCUGCGUGCCCUCCAACAUGCUGCUCAAAUGUUACUGGACCGAAGAGAGGGAGCGAGCACUGAUCACCUUCUACUGCGAACACGGCUGUCUGUGGAACAAGAAGUCUGAAAACCACAACAACCGACAGCUGAGGCUGAGGCUGCUGGAGGCUCUGAGAGCGCAGCUGUCCGACCAGUCAGUGUCUUUCUCAGUUGAAGACAUAAAGUGCAAGUUCAAGAACCUCCGGACGGUUUUUAACCGCGAGUUUAAGGCGGUCCACGCCAGCCGGGCUUCGGACAAACUCUACGUGUCCAAGUGGAAGCACUACCAGCAGCUGCUCUUCCUCUGCGAGUCCUGCGACGAAGACGACGGCACGGACGACCUGCAGGCUCUGGUGCCGCAGGACGACAAGGACGUGGAGCAGGGGAACCAAACCCCCACCUCCACGCUGAGCAGCUUCUCCUCCAGCUCCGCCCACACCAACAGCAUCAUGGUCAACAACGCCUCGGCUCCCACCAGCUCCGCUCAGAGCAACGCCAGGACCAACAGCAGCGCCGGAUACCAAAUCCUCCUCUUGGCGUCUCCAGACAACCUCAAGCUAUCAAACCAAACAGCCGCACUUCCAACCUCGCCAUCUUCUUCACCAACCGACACCAAACCCUGCACAAGCUCCUCCCCUCUGAGUUUCUAUGUGUCCGUGCCUGUCGAGUCGGACGGCAGAGCGGGCGCAGACCCCCGCUGCCACUGGAGCGAGGCCAAGGUUCAGCAGCUCAUAUCUUUUUACUCCGAGCGCAGCUGUCUGUGGAACCACAAGUCCGAGAGUUACAGGAACCGUCUGCUGAGGCAGAGCCUGUUGGAGACGCUGAGCGGCCUCAUGUCGCACAACGAGUCCGUCCCCUUCACAGUGGACGACAUCAAGGCAAAGUUCAGGAACCUGCGAACCAUCUUCCAGCGAGAACACAAAGCGGUGAGUUCCAACAAGACGUGUGGUUCUGAGGACUUUUAUGUUCCCAAGUGGAAACAUUACCGGGAUCUGAUGUUCCUCUGUGACUCCUGCGACGAGGACGAGCGACCUGAAGACCUCCACUUCCACCAACCGCAGGAGUCCGGCCCCCUCCACCUGGACAGCCAGGCCACGCCCCCCACCCUCCACUACCACGCUGCCAGUCAAACCGCUGCCAAGCUGAACGUCAUGCCGCAAGGCUUCGAAGCCCCGCCCUCACCGACACCCCCAGACUCCCGGCACUCCUCCCCCUCUUCCUCCCCGCCGCCCUCCACAUCCUCCUCUCACACCGGCAGCCGGGUGUCAGGGCGCAAACGAGCGGCGCCCACUACCGGCAUCAUGCUGGAUCUCAUGAGGACGUUCUGUCAGAGUCAAACGGUCUCGCCGCACGCCGGCUUCCUGAAGUACGUGGAGGAGUGUCUGAACGAGACGCCGCCGGACAAAGUGAAGAAACUGAAGAAGAAGAUAAUCGAGACGAUCCACAGUGCGUCAGAGGAAGUUUAGGUCGGAGUCGAGAUCAUUUUAGAGUCUUAUUCUCGUAGCUUUACCCAUAAUUCAGCUGUGUUACUAGCUGAUCACACCUCGUUUAAACACCAGCAUGACCUCAGAAGUGCAGAAGGGCAGCUUUAUUUAAACCAGGUGGACGUGUCGGUCUUAUUGUAGCGAAGACACUGGUCCUGUAUUCAGAUCAGAACAGGUCGGACUGAUGGAUCAAAGUUAGCAACAGCAGGUUAAACCUUGAAAACAUGCAACGAUACAUCUCACCCCCCCCAUUGAGACAAGUUUAUUUAUUAUGAAUUCAACAAAUAAGAUCAAAAGUGUUUCAGAAACACCUUUAAACGUUGUGUGGCUUCAGUUUAGCCAUGCGCUAACAUGCUAACAGUAGGUUAGCAUACCAUUACUAAUUUGUAUCAUUGGCACUUUUCAUUUCAUUAUGAAGGAUUAAAAUGUUGUAUUUAAAAUGUUACGCACCAGCUGAUUAACUUGCUAAAGCUAGCACCUUAAUGCUAACAGCAACAUGUUAGCAUCUCCGUGAUGAGGUUUGGAGACAUUCUGUUAUGAGCCAAAGUUUUUAUCUUCCGGUAGAAAAGUCGUUGUUGUUCUGGUUCACGAUGUGUCGACUGACGACCAACUGAAAGUGUUGAGAGGAAAACAAAGUUUAAUUCACAGCUUUGAUGCUACAGAAAAACAUUUUUUUAAACUUUAAGAAUUGAAGAAAGAGCCUGACUGAUACAGAUGUUGGAUACUGGGGAGUAAAACAUUUACGAUACUGAUAUAUUCUAUAUAUCAAAAAUAAUUUAUCAACGAUUCCAAAGAUGUAAUCAAACCCUUACGACAAAGAAAUGUAUUGAGGUUUGAUAUUUUACAGUUUUACCACGAAGGUUAUUUUUUACAAAAGGAAAACACGAAUAUAACCAAAUAUAUAGAACCGGCCAACGGACAUAUCAGUCGGGCUCUAUAUAUUAUAUUUGUACAAACGUAUUUGACGUGUAACGUUCAUCUGUAUUUUUUUAAUUGAGCAUUUAUAUGGGAAAAAAAUCUAAGUUGUUACCAAAACCGAUUUUUGAAAUGUUGAGUUUGAAGACUGAUGCAGAUCAUGUAGAAAUAUACUCAAACUUAAUGUGUUUCAUUAACGGGCAAUUCUACUAUAAAAGCACUGUAACCUUAAGGUAUUGUUUUAUGAGUCAGAAGAUGUUACAUUAAUAUUUUCUUAAUCGACUUGUGGAGUUUUUAUUCUAGUGUCGAUCUUAUCAGCUGCUGCAGAGCUGUGAAAAUAUUUAAUUUUAUACAUCUUUUUUAAUCUAUGUUUCUAAGUUUCUGUCUCUUUUUCAGUGUUACAUAUAUAAUUUUGGGGUUUUGGUGAAACAUAAAACUCUUGGAGCAAUAAUGAUUCCUUCUAAGUACUAGCAGUGAUUAAAAGUGUUUUUUUUAAAACAUGUUUUUUUGAAUUGCACCGUUCUCUUUCUGUGUUUGCACAUGCGUGUUUAAACUCGGUGCCUUAUCAGAAUCACAGUUACUGUCUUAGUAAAUGAGUGGAUCUCAAUCAUGACAUUUAUAUGUAUUUACAUGUAUAAUAAAAUAAAAUGUACAUGCUGAAA